AUGCCUUCGACAUUGACUCGUCAUCAGGCUUUUUCAUGCGUGGCGAAAUUUGAGUCCAGUGUGGUUAACCUAGACCCGGAGGACCUGCACUCAACAAUGGCACUUUGCUCGGAGGACUCGAUGUUUGUUGCUGCAGUCAUUUUACUCGAUCCCUUUGAGCAGCCGGCGGCCCAUGAGCUUCGGCGAAUUGUGGGAAACAUCAGUCAUCCAGGUAUCAGUCUUCUUGUUUCGCCUGAAGAGCCCAGAAUCCGCAAUCGCUCAAAUGAGUACACUGCUGUGACCCAUGCUUCAUAUGAUUUCCAGCGCGAAAACAACUUUGAAGGGACAUCGCUGCAUUUAUCCUUCACAGAUUGGCAACUUCCUCUUGAAGCCGGUGGAUACCGGACAAUCGAUCAAGAUGUUCUUGUAGUAGAAUCCGUGAUAUCCGUGCUUGAUCGUGGUAAAUGGGUUGCGGACCUGGAUAUUUUAUGUAUAGACUUCGAAGCACUCUCACGGGUUGUGAAGGAUUGUGAUAGUCAUGAUCAUGAAGCCCAUGAUCUAGACUACGACUACACGUCUAUCGAUAACAGGGAUGAACUACUUGACGGGCCAGAGAGCGUAGGUAUCUUCCGGGCUCAUGGGAAUUGGGCAGCUCGUCUCGCAGCUAUGAGUAUAUUGCCGCAACAAGGUCAGGGCCAUAGUAUUGCUUUAUUUGGAAAGAGGAAGAUUUGUUUUAGGUGCCUGGAAGCGGAGAGAGAUGUCAAUGUGGAUGAUUUGAUGGAUCAUGAAUCACCCCUACCCUCAAUUUGUGUAGAUUAG